AUGUUUAAAAACUAUUAAUAUAUAUUUAAAUUUGCUAUUUAAAGUCUAACUAAAUAAGACUUUUAUGAAUUGACGAUAGCUGUAGAAUUCAGGAAUGACAGUAAUUUAUUAGAAUAACUAAUUUCUGUCUUUGAUGAAGACUUUAAUAAGAAAUUUGAUUAUAAAUAAAUUAAUUAUAGGUUUAUAAAUUUUAAAGUAAGACUAUAUAAAAGAAAAAUAAAUCGAAAUAUUGUAAUAUCUUACAAUAUUUUUUGA